AUGGCAAUGCUUGCCCCCAAAACCGCAUUCCCAGCACCGCUGGGCUCCAGCAAUCCCAUGGUUUCCAACGUUUCUACCGGUGCCGCACCGCCCUCAAGACGGGCACCCACAAUCCCGAACCAGGCCACUGCCUACGCCAGCCCGACCGAAUCCGAAUUUUCUGAGAGCGACGGCCCCGAUGCCGUCAAGAACUGGGACGAGGACAGGGUCUGCGACUACCUGAGGAGCGUCAAAUGCGGCGAGUACGAGAAGCUCUUUCGUAAGAACCACAUCAAUGGCGAGAACCUCCUCGAACUCGACAAGGAUGUCCUCAAAGAGAUGGGCAUCGAAAAGGUCGGCGACCGCGUGCGAUUGUUCCUGGGCAUUAAGAAGUUGAGGACAAAGGCCUACGCCAACCAGAAGAAACGGAAUAGGGAUUCGUUUGGUGGCCUCGACCAAUUCACCCCGUCAUCGGGCGGGUCUUCUCGACCAUCUGCUUCAAGUGCUCGUACCGCCCCCACGCCUUCCAUGAACAAGCGCUACUCAAGACAAUACGACUCCCUUCCCCUGGAGGGCGCUUCUUCUCGUCCCAACUCACCCCUUCCCGGCACGGAUGCCAUCCGCCCUCUGCGAACAAGAUAUGGCCAAAGUCCCGGCUAUAAUCAGGAUGUUAUCCGCGUCAUUUCCACCGGAGGAGUCACAAAGGUCGUCAAAAUCGCUGACUGCAACACGUGUGAGGAGGUCAUGCGAGUUACCCUUAGGAAGUUUGCUCUACGAGAGGAUCAUGAGAGGAACUAUUGCUUCUGGGUACUGGCCGGAAUUGAGCCGGACCCGAACCAAUGCCGGCGACUCGGCGAUACGGAGCUCUGGCGGAUUAUCAAGGACCAGAAACGCCCUGAGCGGAAUCGCCUGAUUCUCCGCCGUGUCCCUGCCGGCGAGCCCGGCAUGCCCGAGCUCGAGAGAGCAGCGGGCAUCGCCAUUGAGGAGGCGCAGCAAAACCACAGUCGCGCCCUCGAGACUGUGGAUAAGAGAAGCCAGAUGAAGGUGCAAAAGCUUCUGGGUGAGAGAUGGAACGAUGAGCUGCAACAUCCUCUCUCCCCGGUCUCUUUCCACGACCGAGAGCGCAAUGUGUACAACACCGCCAAGGAGCUGGAACGUCCCGCAUCCAACGACGGCCCUAGAUCUGCCGGCGGACCCAGGAGGAAUAAGGGCAUCUUGCGGUCGUUUGGCGGGUUGCGUCCUCCCAGCGAGCUCAUCGCCUCGGACCUCACAUCCUAUUUCCCGGAUCACCCAAGAGAGGAGAUUGACAGGACCGCUCGUCUGUCCAUGAGAAGAUCGACUCGUCUGAGCAAGGUCAACAGCCGUCUGAGUGUGGCUAGCAACCUCAGCUUCGCGUCUAGCAUCCAAGAUGCACCCCCUAUUCCGACCAUCGCCGACAGCUGGCUUCACGCUGGAAGUGCUCCGAAGGCGCGAUCAGGCCUGCGGGUCACCCACUUCCGCGACUCUGUCGCCUCUUCCAUGCUCGACACCUUGCAAGAGGAGUCGCCUGUCGAGCCGAACCGCAAGUCCUAUGUGUCAUUCGCCGACAGCUCCGACGGUGCUAGUGCAGCCGCUCUCAGCGUGACCGACCCCGAAGGUAACGUUACGCGGCGAAGCUACUUCGAGACCGACGGCUCAACGGGUUCAGGUUCCCUCAAAGAUCUCACGGCGGCGCUCAACGAAGACGGCGAGGACGCCGAUGAGGAGCUUGAGAGCUUCCUCGCGGGAGAGUCCUGGUCUGACGACAAGUGGAUGAAGGGAGCCCUCAUCGGCCAGGGCUCCUUCGGUUGUGUCUACCUCGCCCUGCAUGCCGUGACCGGUGAGCUUCUUGCCGUCAAGCAGGUCGAGGCGCCAGCCCCAGGUGCCAACAGCCAAAAUGAUGCACGCAAGAAGAGCAUGAUCGAGGCCCUUAAGCGGGAAAUCAGUCUGCUCCGCGACCUUCGACACCCGAAUAUCGUUCAGUAUCUAGGUUGCAGUUCAUCUACCGAGUACCUCAACAUUUUCCUCGAGUACGUCCCCGGCGGUUCCGUCCAGACCAUGCUCAACUCGUAUGGUGCUCUCGGAGAGCCCCUUGUGCGCAGCUUCGUCCGCCAGAUUUUGACUGGUCUGUCGUAUCUGCACGAUCGUGAGAUCAUCCACCGAGAUAUUAAGGGUGCCAACAUUCUCGUGGACAACAAGGGCACUAUCAAGAUUUCCGAUUUCGGUAUCUCCAAGAAGCUCGAGGCUACCAACAUCCUGUCUGGCGCGAACAACAACAAGCACCGCCCCUCCCUCCAGGGCUCCGUCUUCUGGAUGGCUCCCGAGGUUGUCAAGCAGACCUCAUACACCCGCAAGGCCGACAUUUGGUCGCUCGGGUGCCUGGUUGUUGAGAUGAUGACAGGCACACAUCCGUAUCCCGACUGCAGUCAGCUGCAGGCUAUCUUCAAAAUUGGUGGCGGUAAGGCGGCUCCCACGAUUCCGGAGCAUGCUUCUGAAGAUGCCAAGACGUUCCUUGCCCAGACCUUUGAGAUGGAUCACAACCUGCGGCCGAGUGCGGACGAGCUGAUGCUUAGCCCUUUCCUGGCUCCCAUCACAUAG